AGCCGCCUGUCUGGGUCAUCGAGUCUGUCCAUCCCUGGCCCAGUCCUCCGCCUAGCAGCUGUCUCUCCCCUCGCCUUUCGCCCCCCUGGGUGGCUGCCAUGGGCCGGAAGAGAAGGCUCAUCACCGACUCCUUCCCCAAAGUGAAGAGGAGGAAGGGCGGGCCGGGGCCUGGCAAAGAGGAUGGGGAGCCCGAGCCAAGGCUGCGAGGGGAGGAGCCAGGUGAGGAGAUGCUUGCAGCCCACUUGGACAGAACCCAUUUAGAGAUACUGAGGCAGUUUGACCUGAACAGGCACUUUGGACCCUGCACAGGGAUCACUCGACUCCAGCGAUGGGAACGAGCAGAGCAGCUGGGCCUAGAACCUCCCCACGAGGUGCUCAAGGUGCUGUGGGCCCACCCUGAAGACCCCCAAUAUCAAUGCAGCCUCUGGCACCUGUACCCCAUCUAAGGAAUCAGUCUAGAAGUCAUGCCCAGUGCAUCCAUGCCGCUUUCCCAGGGGCCUUCCGAAUGGACAGGGGACCCUACUGCUGUGUCUUCAAACAACCCUGUACUGGACGGGGUGGAGGCUGGGAUGGCAAAGAUCUCCCAGAGCCUCAGGACUCCAGGUUGGGGGGGCUCCUCUGACCUGCCAGCAAGCAAGCUCAGCCAGCCAGCUGAGGCUGGCUCAUCAGGAGUGUU